GAAUUUGGAGGGCAACAUCAAGUUAAUGGAAUAUCCUGGCAUGAUCCAGCCUUUACCAGGGCAGCAAUCUGGGAUGACGGACAUGCAACUGUUAUAGCAACAGUCCAUUCUUAAGCAAAUGCAGGAAUUCCAAAGACAACUACUUCCAAAUUCACAGUUUCCGCUACCUGAAGUAAGGCAGUUGAGCUCUGCGAAUCAGGUUUCCUCAUUUUUGAAACAGGGAUCAGAUAAUUUCCCCCCAGCUCAAUGGUGUUCCUGUCCUUGAUGCUUCAAAUUGUUCGUGGCAGCCUGAGAUCAUGACACCAAAUGCAAAUUGGGUGCAACAUGAUGCCUUUUCUUCCAUGCCAGAAUCCUCUGGUGGAUUUAUGUCUUCCCAUGAGCAAGGGCAGGUGCGUUUGAUGUGUUUGGUUCCACCGCAGGAUAAUCAAUCAUUUAAUGGGGCCUUUAACAGUGGUGCAAGGAGAAAUCCAUAUCAGCAUCCAAAUAGAUAAGCCUUUAUCACAGCUGAUGCCAGCUAGCAGUAAUUCCUUUCCAGGUAAUCAGUUUGCUAUGUUUCCAGACCAAUUCGGGUUGCAAGAUGGAACUUUGGUUUCCACACAGGGUGAUCAGGUUAAAAAUGUAUUUGGUGAUGCAGCUCUUCAAGGUUCAAAUAUUGUAUUCAAUUCAGAAAACUUGCAGCAAAUGACUAUCCAGCCAAAAAAUAUAGGGAUGGUCUCUCAUGGGAGGCAAGAACAUCUUCGUCAAUCAGAAACAUCCCGGGAAAAGUCAGAAAUUCAUGCUGUGCACUCUCAGAAUGUGGCUUCACUAGAUCCAACCGAAGAAAAGAUUUUGUUUGGUUCAGAUGACAGUGUGUGGGAUAUCUUUGGAAAGAACGCCAACAUGGGUGCAGUUUUGGAUGUUACAGAUUCUUUUGUGGAAUUUCCUUCUCUGCAAAGUGGAAGUUGGAGUGCUCUCAUGCAGUCUGCUGUAGCAGAAACAUCUAGUAAUGACAUAGGGGUACAGGGAGAGUGGAGUGGUUUGGCUGUGCACAGUAGUGAACCUCCUAGUGGAAACAUGCACCUUCAAUUGCCAAUGAUGGCAGCAAACGUCGAUUGCCUGGAAUUGAUAACAAAUUGCAGAAUGCCAUGACACUGAAUUCUAAAUUGUUAGGUCACGGUACUCUACA